AUGAAUUCUAAUGCUGGAUGUUAUAUUCUUAACCAUAUUGGUGUUUAAAUGUUUAGAAAAUCAAACAUCAAUAUGUUUUCAUAUGCAAGUAAAAGUACAGUAUAUGGGAUAUGAAAAAAAUAUAAAGCAAAACUCAAGGAAUAAACAGUUCACUUAAAAACUGCAAAACAUCACACUAUGAAAGAAUAUCUUAAAAAAUCGGUUUCAAUCCAAGGAUUGAAUCCAGAGGUCAAGAAAACACUCCCAUCAUCAAAGAAGUCUGAUGAACAGCCAACUUAUUUAAAUUCUGAAUUCUUGGCUGCUAGUGACAACACCUUAAAUGAUACUAAUAAAACAAGACCCCUACCACCACAGGUGAAAAGUAUAAAGGAGAGAUAUGAAGACAAAGAGAAACAAGCAAAGAUUGAUCCUAAAGAUGUUGUCCUUGCAAGCAAAAAGAAGGUUGAGAAGCCACUAGAAGCUGAAGAUGAGAUGUACGAACCAUUGAACAUAGAGGAGAAAUAUGAAGAUACAACAGGGGUUUCUAGCAAAAAAGGAUUUCCAGAUUAUUACAACAUUGGGAAUAAGACAACAUCUGUUCCCAAGGACACAAACAAAACAGCACUGAUGGAUGAUAAUAAACCAAAUAACAAUAACAGAGACAGUGAUGAUUCUGAUACUGAUUAUGAAGGUGAAAUAUAUGAAGGCAUAGGGGAGAUUCAACCUGCUGAACCAACUGAGCACCAAACCUUAAACAACUUGGUGAAACAACCAGUGGCAAUAGUAAAGCAUAUAACACAAAGCUAUGAAAAUAAAGAGAGGAAAGCAAAGAUUAAUAGCAAAGAAGAGCUGGUGAAGCAAACAAAAGAUGAAACAGCUACUGCUCCUGUUGACAAAACUGGUGAGGUUAAUGAAGCCUUUGAACUGACUGGUAAUGAUGAACGCUACUCAACUGUACCAUCCCUUGAUAAAGUAAGUCUUCCAUUGAACAACCCAAACAAAGGCACUUUGCAGAAGUUUUUGAGCCAUACAUCUGUAUCGAUGCAGCCGACUGUAGGCAAUAAGCCAUGCUACAGACGUAGGGCAUGUAAAGUCAUCAUAGCUGUAGCACUUAUAAUGGUUCUAUGUGUGGGAUGCAUACUUAUUGGAAUGGCUAUAGCUGGAUUCUUCACAGAUGAUGAUGUUUUGACUGAUGUUUCCUCUGUGCCCAAUGAGACAACUACAGUGAGAAUGACAACUCCUCAGCCACAGGUGACUGAUUGCUCUGAUGUUUCCACACUGAAUGGUAACCUCUCAUUCAACAUAUCCAAACAGGUGUUCCACGUACGUUGUGAACAGGGCUGGACCAUAGUCAUCAGGAGAGAAGAUGGCUCUGUCAACUUCAACAGAAACUGGACUGACUACAAACAAGGCUUUGGUAACCUCAAUGGUGAGCAUUAUGUUGGGAAUGAAUUCCUACAUGUCUUUACACAUAUGAGUCCUUAUAUGUUGUAUAUUGAGCUACAGGACUGGGGAAACAUCACCAAAUAUGCUCAAUAUAAUACUUUCAUGAUUGGAUCUGAAUUGGACAAUUAUAGGCUACAUGUGGGGAAUUAUUCAGGUGAAGCAGGAGAUGGUUUUACUAUUGAGGGCCUUCAAGAGUCUUGGCCUUCUGUAGUCUUACACAAACUAUACCACAAUGACAUGCAGUUCUCAACAUAUGACAAAGAUAAUGAUAGGGAUGGACGUGAAAACUGUGCUGAAAAGGAAGAAGCAGGUUGGUGGUUUAAUGCCUGUUUGUCUUCGCUCCUUACUGGACCUUGGAGUGGAUCAGAAAAAUGUGAACCACAAGGAAGAUGCAUUCUAUGGGGGGCUGAAUAUUCUAAAGAUAUACGGUUAAAAGCUCUUCAAAAGGUCACAAUAAAAAUAAAACCAUUGGACUAAAUCUGACAUUAAUGUAUUCUUAGUUUGAACAAUAUACCAAAAUAUGGAUAAAUAUCAUCUGAAAAGGUUUUAAAAAUUAAUAUUUCCAGCAAUAAGCACUGCAGAGAACAAUCUCUUGCUAUAAUCUGUAUCUGUAGAUCCAAUGCAGAGUCAUUUGUUUUAUAAAAGAAAACAAUGCCCUCUCAUAACUUCGGACCUAAAAAUGCUCAGCCAUUUUUGCCGACCCACUGCCUAAAUGUAGUUAUUUUGAGAAAUUCGAAAAAAAUUCCAUAGCAACAAGAUAUUCAGGAAAGACCUAUUUCCAGCUUCAUUGAUGUCAUUAAUCGUUUUAUUACUUCUAUUACUUUUUUUUGAAUUGUAAAUACUAUACAAAUAUUGAAUUCUGUGGUGUUGAAUAUAUAC